CCCUCCAUUUAUCCAAGUGAUGGCCACACAGAGGGAGGUUGUUGAAAGUUUUGCUCCGCCUUCAUACACUUGCUUCUGCUGAGAAUUACAUGCCUGCUGAAUUGUACGGGAAACCUCGAACUAAAUGAGCUUGAUAAGACCAUCGCCAUGAUACGAAGACUGUCGUGUGUCUGUUUGCUUUUAUUUGUACUGUUCAAAGAAACAUGUGGCUUUAAAGUCCAGAACAAACUGCUCGGGAAAUGCCUGCAGGUACAAGAAGGCUCUUUUGGCGGUAGAGUGUCUCUGGCUGACUGCAGUCCAUAUUUGGCAUUACAAGAAUGGAGGUGGCUCCCAGAGAGUCAAGCUCUUAGCAGCCACCACACCGGGGAGUGUUUGACUGCACCAGGAGAGCAGUAUGAAGGAGUCCUAUUGCAGCCCUGCGUCUUUCAUACUGAAAGAGAUGAAGCUGGUGAUGAAGCAUUGGGAAAUGACAGAGAGGCAAGGAGCCAAGCAUGGUCCUGUUCCAAGAAAGGACACAUCACUCUGUUAGGGAGGGGGCUGCACCUGAGUGCCACACAAGAAUCCACUUUGGUCUUCCUUUCGAGGGAACAUAAGCAGCAGGGCAGCAGGUGGCGUACUCUUGACAACCAGACAUUAUGCAGUGGGAGAGACGUUAAGCUCAACCAUCACCAACCACUCCAUCAUCUAAAAAAAUCUCCAGAACCUGAGGGUUUUCCAAGUGCAGUGUCUGAUAUGCACAAACAGGCUGAACCAGUUGAAGAUGUAAUAGGUACAGAGGCCACAGAAACAUAUUCCCCAAAAGAGGACCCUCUUUCUUUCCUGAGCACCAAAUCCCCUGCAGAUCCCACCAUGAUCUUCUUCAGCAUGGACUAUGGCAUGGGCUGGAAGAUAACCAUGUUGGUACUCAGCUCUCUGGCUCUGGUCCUGGGAGCAGUAAUUCUUAUCCUCAAUGUUUACUCCAACAGGAGGAAGAAGGUUGUGUGCAUUUUGAAGUCGUACACUCCCCGAACGGAAAUGAGCGUCCCCGGAUCCCCGGUGCCCAGUGAGAGAGCCCCUCUGACAGAGCAUGCCAUGCGUCUCCCCCACUCCACCCCCACUUUGCAACGAGGAGAAAUCUUGAUUCAGUGGAAGGACGGUACAGUUACGCCACUCUACGAGGCCUAAAGGUUUUUGAAAGUUCAGACCUGAGAAUUAGAGGAAGAGUUAAUUUUGUUUACGUAUAUUUGUGUCAUGCAUAAAAGCUCUUGAAAGUGUAUGAAGGGGAGUCUGUAGUGAAGAGUGAAAAACAAAAGGCAAUCUAAGGUCAUGUUUUGUUUAGUUUCAGCACAGCCAAGUGUUACCAGGCUGUUUCAUAAAAUGGAAAUUCAUGGAUCAGUACCGUGUCAGUGAGGUUUAGCUGCCACAGGAAGAUAAAAGCUGUCAUGAUGCUGCCAGAAAAGAGAAAAGGAGUAAGAGCUGGACUUACAGUUUUCAAUAAUACUGAGUCCUUAUACUGCUGUUGGAGAUUUGAGGGAUUGCUUGCUGGACUGUAAAAUUAAGGAUUAAGCAUUGAGAAAGUGUUUGACUUAUAAAUGUACCAUUUAAGGGCUCAACAAAGCAACCAAUAUGUUAGGCCUUUACUUGGAUAAACACUAAGGAAACUUAUCUCUGUUUGCCAACGCUCUGUUUUCUACCUUCACAUCAGUUAAAGUGUUGGCCAAGGUGUCCUUUAACAUUUGAUCUUAAAGAUUUGAUCUGUCAUUUAACACCAGGCUUAAUAAAUGGCACAUAUCAAACAACUUCUUGACUAGGGGGACACACGCCCUCUACAGGAUUUUAAACCACUUAUAGGCUAGUACAGAUGUGAUUCAACCUUGUGAACCUGAAGUUUUAUCUGUAACAAUAGUCUGCAUUAUUUAGUUUAUACUCAACAAAACUCUGAAGGGUAGUUUAAAUAUGAAGUGAAGAAAUCUUUACCUAGUUUACAUAUGUUUUGUAAGAGGUAUUAGUUAUUUUUUAAUGCACUUUAACAGUGACAUGACUUUAGUUUGUUAGAAUUAAUAACUGUAUACUAAUAACAUGUACUUGAACCUAAUUAUGUAUGCACAAUCUUUUUAUGAAAGCUAACAAAACAAUAUGCACUAAUGUCCAUUACUGUAACACUUUUCUGACCUGUCUGCUAAUUGAGGUAAAUGUUGUAGAUUUUUAAUGUUUUUUAAUAGCUAAUAAAGUGCUGUUUCAUACAUUUGA